AUGCGUGAUCGUCUCGCUUUUUAUUCCGAAAAUUCUCAAAUUCUUCUGAAUUAUUUGAGAGAUUUUGAAGAAUCGAAAAGAAUCAAAUCUGGCGAGAAAUGGAUUCGAAAUUUGAGCAAAGAGGAAAAUGCGGAGAUUUGGUAUUUGUAUCAUCGAAUUGCAUUUAUUGUGACGGCGUUGAUAAAACCGAUUCAGGUAUGGAUUUUGGGGGAAUUAGGGGAGGGGAAAUGUGGGAAACGCUGAUUUUUGGCUGAAAAAUUACGAUUUUUCAUCUGGAAAAAUCCUCAAAAUCGAUUUUUAUACUCUAUUUUCCAGAUUUUCAUUGAAAAAAAUGUUCAAAAUCUUACUUUUUAUAGAAAUACUUUUAAAAAACGAAUCAUUAAUUGUUUAUACUCAAGUUUCAGUCAAAAAAUCUUUGAAACAGUUAAUUUUUUUGAGUAAAAAUUCACAGUUUCAAACUUUUUCAAUAAUUAUUUGGUCCAAUACACUCCGGAAAAAAUAUCAAUCUGAAAUUUCUGAAUUUUUAGUUGUGAAAUCUUUGAAACAGUGAAUUUUCGGGAAAAACUGGUUAUUUUUCUGUUAAAAAUUCACUGUUUCAGAAUUUUCAAAACAUUUUUUUUCGCUUGGGACGAGAAUCAAUCUGAAAUUUCUGCAUUUUUUAUUUAAAAAUCUCUGAAACAGUUAAUUUUUUCUCAGAAAAAUGGACAUUUUCUAUUUGAUAAAAAUUUACUGUUUCAGUAUUUUUGAAUUUUUUUUUCGCAAAUGUACAGGACAAAGUGAUCAAUUUGAAAUUUCUACUUUACACUUUGAUAAUUUAUUGAAACAGUACAAUUUAUAUAAGGUUUUCAUUUUCAUUUCCUUUACAUAAUUUCAAAAUCUAUUUCAGUUUUUGAGAUUUUCGAUUCCGAAAUAAUUUCACUGUUUCAAAAUUUUCUCGAAUAUUUUCAUCACAAAAAUUUACUGAUUUCACAACAUUAGAAACCAUAUUAAUUUUCUCCCAAAAAUCCCCGUUUUUUUCCAGAAAUCCUGGUCUCAAAAUCGCGAAACGGUGCCAAAUCUUCUAAUUCCAUGCGAAUCUCUUCUGCUUCUCGAAAAUUCUCAAGAAAUGGAUAAAAAUCGAGCAAAUGAAGCGCUCAAAACAAUGUUCAAUGUAUUUUGUCAUUGCGAUGAGAAUUGUGUGAAAUCGGAAAUUGUCGAAAAUGCCAAUUUGAUUUUGAAAAAAUUGAUGAUUUCUGAGAGAAUUGAUGAUGAAAUUAAACAAAGUGCUGUGAAUUGUUUUGCACUUCCCACAAUUCAGCCGGUUUUGUCGAUUUUGUGUGAUAAGGUGGGGGUUUUUUCAGAAUUUUUUGAAGAAAAAUAGGCUUUGCCACGUCAUAGCUCGGUUUUUGCGCGGAAAUUUGAAAAUGUUCGUGAAAUUCUCUGAAAAAAAAUUCCAAAAAAUUUACUGUUUCAAAAUUUUUAUGAAUAAUUUUGCUGAUUUUUGAAAAUUCGAUUUUCCAAAACUUUUUUGUGAAGAUUAAAAAAAAUCAAAUUUUGGCGCCUAAAAUAAAGGAUUACUGUAGAAUUUCAAUUUUACACGUCAUAGGCUCCCAAAAAUUUGAAAAUGUUUGUGAAAUUCUCUGAAAAAAAAAUUCCAAAAAAUCUACUGUUUCAAAAUUUUCCUAAUAAAUUUUAUGGUUUUUUGAAAUUUCGAUAGUUCAUUCAAGGUGGUGAUUCAGUCCUCUAAUGAAAAUUCUGAAAUUGAAUUUCGAUGCCUAAAAUAAAUGAUUACUGUAGUUGUAUGUUAGCCACGUCACAGGCUAGUUAUUGCACCACUGUUUGAAAGUUUGAAAAUCACUGAAAAAAAAUCCAAAUAAUUUUUUGUUUCAAAAUUUUUAAGAAUAAUUUUGCUUGUUUUUGAAAAUUCGAUUUUUCCUAUUCCCUUCAGUGUUUUCAUAAAAUUAUAAGAACCACGUUCUGGCGCUAAAAACGAGGAUUACUGUAGAUUUUUUGCCACCUCAUAAUUUAUUUGUUGACGCGAAAAUUGUGUACUCAAAUAUGCAGCAAAAAAAUGUUCAAUAAGAAUUUUUAAAAAAUCUACUGUUUCAAAAUUUUCCUAAAAAAAUUUGUUGAUUUUUGAAAAUUCAAUCAUAAAAAAACAAAUUUUGGCGUCAAAAACAAAGGUUACUGUAGGUUAAAUAUUUUGUUUUUGAAAUUUGUAAUUACUCAAAUUUCCAAACAGAAAAAUUCCUAAAAGUUUACUGUUUCAAAAUUUUCAUGAAUAAUUUUGCUGAUUUUUGAAAAUUCGGUUAUUGGAAAUAUUUCUUUUUAGAUUAGAAAAAAUCAAAAUCUGGUGUUCAAAAAUCAGGGAUUAAAAAUUGAAAAAAUCUACUGUUUCAAAAUUUCCAGAAAUUAUUUUGCUGAUUUUUAAAAUUUCGAUAACUUUUAAAAUUUCUCAACUUAAAAGUUCAUAACGAAAAUGUUUGUUCAAAAAUUUCAUAAAUAAUUUUGCUGAUUUUUGGAAAUUCGAUAGUCCUCUUAUUCCGAUUCUUAUAAAAAUUCUGAGACCAAAUUUUGAUGUCAAAAAUCAAGGAUUACUGUAGUUUUAUGUUUGCCAUGUCAUAGUUUUAAUUUUGGCGUGAAAUUUUUGUUUAAAAAAAUCAAAUUUUACCCGAUAUUUCCCAAACAAAAAAAUCCAAAAAGUCUCUACUGUUUCAAAAAUUUCAUAUAUAUUUUUACUUAUUUUUGGAAAUUCGAUCUUGCUUUAAUGUCGAUUUCUUCUCAUAAAAAUUCAAGAAAAAUCUACAUUUUGACGCCAAAAACGAGGGUUACUGUAGUUUUAUGUUUUCCAUGUCAUACAUUGUAAAUAUCAUAAAAAUACGAUUCUCCAAAAAAAUUGUUUCAGAAUCUCGAAAACAUGGAAUUCACACAAUCUCUUCUCAAUUUAUUGGAACGAAAACUCGACGAAUUACCAUCAGAUAUUCAUAAUAUUCCAACAACAAGUGCUGAUUUAAUCGGCCCGAAUUUCUCAGGUCUUUCGCGACUUUGUAAAGAAUCAAAAUUCGCUCGAAGAUAUUGCCGAAUGAAAGUAUUACCACCAUUAACAAAUCAAGACAUCGAAAAACGACCGGAAGAACAAAAAAGUUUGCGCGGAAAAAUUGUGCGACUUAUGAUGACACCAACUUGUGCAAAAGAUAUCGCAUCACAAUUCCUAUUCAUUUUAUGCAAAAAAUCAGUGGGAAGAAUGAUAAAAUACACGGGAUUUGGACAUUCGGCCGGACUUAUUGCAAAUAUGGGAUUAUUGGGACAAAUUAAUGAACCAAAAAGAGAAUCGGAUAGUGAAGAUAGUGAAACUGAUGAAUAUAAUGAGGUUAAGGAUAAGUUAGUGCAUAUUUUUUGGAUGAGGGAGGGUUUUGGGGCGAAAAAUUGCGAAAUUUUGAAACUUUUGGUGAAACUUGGCUGAAAGUUCAGGAUUUUUCUUUUAAAAAUCUUGAAGCAGCGAAAUUCAAUGAAAAAUAGAAAUUGAGAUUUUUUCAAUGAAAAAUGGGCCCAGUAUUUUUCAUCCAGAAAUUUUGAAACAACAAAAAAUUGAUCAAAAAUUAUGAAAAUUCAAGAUUUUUCAUGUGGAAAUAUUUGAAACAGCAAAAAUUUAUUAAAAUAAACGCUAAUUUGAAUUUUUGGUCAAGAGACCUAAAUUUUUAACCUAGAACUCAUUGAGAACUGAAUUUUCAACUAACCAUCUUAGAAAAUUCACAAUUUCUUAUAAAAGUCCCUUGAAACAGUAGAUUUUCGGUUGAAAAUGUUUAAUAAUUUCUGAAAAGGGUGUCAGUUAUGAAUUAUUAAAAAUUCCUUGAUUUUGAAUUGUAAAUGAGGAAACUAUAUCAAGCUCAUCGAAACACUGGAAUUCCUGAUUUUAAUGUAGAAAUCUUGAAACAGUGAAUUUCUCACCAAAUAAGAGAAUUUUUCCUCUAAAAAUCAUAAUUUUUAUUUGGAUGAAAUGCAACAAUCAACUCUGCGAAAAAAUGAAAUUUUUAAUAGGAAAACUGGAAACAGUAGAUUUUUGUGUUAGAAAAUAAGAAGACAUUUGGAAACCGUGGAUUUUUCUUCAAUUUCCGUGUUUCCAAAUUCCCAGAAUUGUUUAGAAAAAGUCUGAAAAUUAAUAAACAGUAGAUUUUUGCUCAAAGAAUGUUCAAACCGUUCAAUUUUCUUGAACAUCCAAUUCUACCAAAAUUCAUGAAUUUUUUUUAAAUUUUGUUCUCUUCAAUACCCUCAAAAUUCGAGAUUUUUGUAAAAGAAAACUUUGAAACAGUAGAUUUUUAAGUUUAAAAAAAAUUUGCAAAACUGAAAAUUUUUAAUUUGAAAGUUAUGAAACAGUGGUUUUUUUCACUGAAAAACAAUCUAGAAAUUGUGAUAUUAUUUAUUUCGGAAGUCACUAAAUGAAUCAAGAAACAUUGGUUAUUCUUUCUUGUAAAAUUUUUGAAACAGUGAAAAUUGAUAGAUGUUAGUUAUGAAUUUUUAAAUUAAACAUUCCUUGAUUUUCAAUUAUAAACAUCUGAUUUUAAUGUAGAAAUCUUGAAACAGUGAAAUUCUCAACAAAUUUCCUCUGAAAACUCAUAAUUUUUGUUAUAUUUGAGAAGAAUUACGCCUAUCUAUCAAAACUGAGAAAAAAUGAAAUUUUUAAUAGGAAAACUUGAAACAGUAAUUUUUUGUGUUAGAAAAUAAGAAAAAAACCGUGUUUCAAAAUUCCCAGAAUUUUUAAGAACAAUACUUUGGUCUCAUUAUUUUUAGCCUAAAAUCAUCUCAAUUUUUGCAGUGUCAAUCCAGUAACCGGUUCACUUUUCGAUCCGGAACGCGGUUCCGCAAUCGCAAAUAUGACAGAUGAGCAAAAAGAAUAUGAGGCGAUGAAAUUAUUGGAUGCAAUGAAUAAAAUGAUGGAUGCUGGAGUUGUGAAACCGGGAACAAUUGGAGAAGAUGGAAAAUUGAGAGAAGUUAGUCAUGUUCUCGAAUUGACGAAAAAUGUACAAAUCAAGGAUGACGAAGAUUCCGAUUAA